UCUUUCAAUCGAUUCCUCUCCGUCAUUUUUUUCUUUUCAUUGCAAUGCUUGAUGGAGUUAAGAGUCGGGCAGAUAAUCGUUCGGAGAACGUUAACCCUUUGCGUUACGAUUAUUCUAGAAACUAAAAGAUUUAUGAAGGUUCGAGUUAAUUUUUGUAUAUUGAUAAUGGACUAUUUGAUUGGGAUAUGCGUUUUAUUUACGAAUGACUUUUUAUAAUAUUUGAAAUCAUGAAGUUGUAAUUAUUAAGGAAGGAGCGUGUUGAAUUGUUUGAAAAUUUCAAGUAGAAUUAUUUUAUAAUAUGGAAAGGAAAAAUUUUGAAGGUAUAGUUAAAUGGUGCCAAAAAAUUUGACUCGCGUGUGCGGGAGAUUGGAGAAUCAUCGACGAAUCGAAAAUCAAUUGAUCUAAAUUGGGAACACAGAAACUGGUAUAAUUAAUUCUAAAGUUGAUCUCAGUGUGUCAAGACUGAUGCAGGGAAGUAGACUAACAAGGUUAGAUAAUGAUUUAAAUCUGACCCGAUCGAUCCAAAACUUGAUCUUAACGUUUCAAGAUCAAGUAAAGAGUGCAUUAACGCACAGAUACUUUCAGAAACUGGUUUCGAAAGCAAGCGCAAAAAAUUUAGAUAGAUGUAGCCAAUUACAAAGUCAAAUGAGGCUCCGGAAACAUGUUCAACUAAUCAAACAAUAAAAAAAAAGAAAAGAAACACUGUCCUAAUAUCUCAAUCUUAACGAACGAAACUCAGAAAAAAAGAACAUAAUGUUUCAAAUCAGUCAAAAGUGCAAUUAAAUUGAAUUGAGGAAAAUCAAAAGGAAAAAGUGAUUCAAAAGUGAGACAAUUGGAAUCGUCAUAAAUUAGUGUUACAAAUUGAAAAAGUGAUUGUGAUCUAUCAAAAUUGAAUAUUAAAAGAUACACCGAUGAGUGAAAGUGAUGAAAAAUUGAGUCAAAUCAAGUUGUUAUAUCAUAAAUUAAAAAAUUGAUCGUGAUCUAUUAAAAUCGUGUUCAGAAUGCACCACUGCAGUGUGAAGAAGAUUGAAAGGUGUCUUUUACCGCGUCAGAGAACAAAGAAACGCUUGGAAUCGGUGCAAAGCAAUAACAGGCAACAAACAAACGGCGGAAAGCGUCGCCCAAGAUGCAGUCGACCAAACAGGAUUUGGCAAGUUUAACCUUAAGGUUAUGGCCGUCUGCAGUUUGAUCUUCAUGAACGUAGCAUUCAGUAUAACAAGCAUAGGAUUUGUAUUACCAUCGGCAGCAUGUGACUUUAAAAUGACUACGGUGGACAAGGGCCGUCUAAGCGCAGCGCCUAUGUUAGGUAUGUUAGCCGGUUCUUAUAUAUGGGGCUGCUACGCGGCCAUAAAAGGACGAAGACUGUCCUUGUUGGUCGCCUUAUUUCUUCACGGAAUCUCAGAAUUGUUGGCAUCGGUGGUGCCCUUCUAUUGGUUCUUUUUGUUCUUAAAAUUCAUGAGCGGCGCCGCCAUGAACGGACAGUCGGCUGUUGUUUUUCUAUAUCUGGGCGAAUUUCAACCAACGAAAUAUCGUGACAAAAUGUUGUCUUGGAUGGAAAUGGCCUGGGUAAUGGGAAUGAUCAUUUUAGCAGGUGUCGGAUGGAUCGUUAUCCCAAUGGACGUGAACAUCGAGAUCGCUGGUUUCUUUUUACACUCGUGGAAUCUUUUCGUCUUCAUCUGUUCCCUUCCAGCGUUAUUUACCGGAGCGUGGUUAUUAUUUUUCCCUGAAACGCCGAAAUAUCUUGCCGAGACUGGUCAUAACGUUCAGAUGCUUCACGUUUUAAUGAGAAUGUACUCGGAGAACAGUGGUCAGCCCCCAAAAGAGUACAAAACAAAACUCCGAAAUUGUGGUAAUAAUAAUCUGAACGAACUGGUGCACCGUAUAAUGCACACGAACGAGAGGGAGGAAGUGACGGAGAAUUCAUUCGAUUCGAUGAUAAGCGACAUAUACACGAAAACAGCGAUGAUACUGAAGCCUCCGUUUCUCUGUAGAACCAUCGUGAUGUGCCUGAUCGCUUGUUUCGUCACAUCCGCUUACUAUACUUUAACUUUAUGGUUGCCAGAGCUGUUUCACAGAUAUGCAGACUUUCAACAAGCAUAUCCUAAUCAGACAGCCAGUGUUUGCACUUUGAAGAUCACUAAGAAUAGCACCAAUCUUGAGGAGAUUGACGACCCAUUUGGUUGCAACUCAAGGGUACAGACUAGUGUGUUUGUUCAUACGUUUAUUCUGGGAGCCUCUUGCAUUCCAACGGGUCUCAUAUUACCUCUUCUAGUUAAUUAUAUGGGAUACAAAUUCCUCUUAGUGAUCACAGCUUUUAUACCUGGGGUAGUGACAGCCUGUCUCUUCCUGGUGCAAACUUCCACCCAAAACUUAAUUCUCUCCUGCGCCUAUGAAUCUGUUACUUCCGUUUGCCUAAGCGUUGUAUACUGCUUGUUAGUUGAUCUUUAUCCAACGCAUUUAAGGGCAAUGGCUUCCGGUCUGUCGGCGUUUAUUAGUCGAAUUGGUGCUAUAAGUGGUACCUUGAUGAUCGGUUACUUGAUCGAUGAUUACUGUACUUUGGUGAUCGUCAUUGUUGCUGCUCAACUGUUUUUGAGUGGUCUGCUCGCCCUCUUCACGCCAGGGAGAAAGAAAUCAAAACUAGACAUCGAGAAAUCUUAACGAAAGUGGAAAAAAUAAGAAUUAUAAAGAAAAGAAAAGAAAAGAAAAGAAACAAUUCUUCUACUCCUCGUAUUUAGCUCAAUCUAAUAAUUGCAUUUCGCGUGAAGUAUGUGUAGGUACUUACUCGUAGACUGCUCGAAAUAACUCUAAGGAAUCUACUUAAACAAUUUUAUUAUAAUUCAAGUGACAACAUUAUCGUAAUUAAUUCCAGACACAGUAUUCUAUAUUCAAUUUUGACUUACUAAAAACGUUUCCAAAAGAUGUACAAUCUGAUUUAGAAAGUAGGUACAGAACAACCUUCGAAACGUAUAUUUUCUUUGAUUAUUUUAUUAGUGAAUUUUAUCAAAUGAAGGUUUAAAAUGAAUAUUUUAACACCGUGACUGCCAUUAUUAAUUUUGAGUAUCGAACAAGUUUAUUUAUAAUCAGACAGAUUUAUUUGAAAAUGAUAAGUUAUCCAGAUAUGGUCGAUACGGUAGUCGAAGUGUUAAGAAACACUUUAACGAUAAAGUGUAAUUAUAAAUUAACUCUUAAGCAACGAUGCGUAAUCGUUUCACGAAACGCACAAAAUCAUAGCGAAUACUCAGUGAAUGAGGCCGCAAGAGAUUAAUCGUACAAGUAUUUUCCUAUCUUUUUAAAACACUAGAAAGAUCGAUCGAACAAGUGGUUAUGUGUACUUAUUCAAAAACACACUGAAGAAUCUUUUCCAUCUUUGAAAUCUGAUAUUCGCGUGCUCCAAAAAAAGGUAAUCUAAAAUAUAUUUACAUAAAAUAGAAGACAUUUCAUGAUAGGAAAUUCCAUGUCUACGUAUUAUAGGUAUAUCUUUCGUAAGGUAAUUCAACUUCGAAACACAAAGAUUUACUAAAUAAUUAACAAAUUAUCUCCCCACGAAAGAGCUUCAAGAUAGUAGAUUAAUUUACAUAUUAGUACUUAAUUCAAUUAAGAACAAAUAAGCAAGAAAAAUGCUCAAUUACAUGGUUAUUGAAACGAUCUCCUGCAUUGUACGUGCAGUGCUAAGAUAUCUGUUCUUUCGAAUCUCUUAAUACAUAAAUGAUGAUUAAGCGUUCGAUUUGAUUAAUCAAUUAAUUAUUCAUACAUUGACUGCCAUGGAUUAGAUAACAUAUAAUUAAAAGAUAAAAGAAUAUUCUGCAUAGCAGGAAAAUUAAAUUGCACACUAAAAUGAAUGACCACUUAAUAAUUAAUGAUUUAAUGUUAUUAAACUGUGCCAUAUCACACGUGAUCAUUUCCACUGUGGCAGUUAAGAUGUUGAUGAGCUUUAAUGUGCCUUACUACAAGUCUAAUUUCUACUGUGGCAGUCAACGUGUUAAACACCAUCGCAUUUCUAUCUUGUACCCUAUUUUUCUAUUUUACCAAACGUUUUUAUAUAUCUCAGUCAGAUUGUUUAUAUACCGACCACUGAAUAAUGUAAAAUAAAAACUGUGUUCGUAUUGAACAAUUCAA